GUCUUUAAAAAUAAGAUCAUUGCAAUGGAUUGAAAGAUGGGUACCUUGCCUUAUGCUAACCACGACGUGCUAGGUAUAUUAAGUUCACAUAGAUGCUCAUUUUCAAAAUGCGUCAAAGGCAAUCGUCCUUCUUAAUUAAGUUUUAAUUUAAUUUCAGCGUGAAUUCUUUUCAUUAGUAUUAGUAUUACUAUACAUUAUACUAAAUACUACUUAUUCUAGGAUCUUUUAAUUCUUUUACUUUUUGAAACAAAGUUGAAAGUACAAACUGAAAUAUCAAAUUUAUGCAAAUGAAAGAUCCUGAUUUGCAUAAUUUAUUCACACAAUUAUUUAAGUUUUUGCACUUGGAAUAAUUAUGUCUUACUUGCAUAGUUUUCUGCAUAAAAAUUAAAAUACCAUCCAGGGGCUCCAUUUAUAAUUUACGAUAUGAUGAUGAUAUUAAUUCCUUUUUUCCAUUUUUUGACAUAUUUCAAUCAAAGUCAAAGAAAGUCAUAUUUUUGUAUCUGCAUUUAUUUAUAGGGGUCAAUAGGUAAAAAAAAAAUGUAGGCCUAUAUAAUAUAUAAAAUAAAAUGGCAGAACACCUUAAAAUAUCAAAUGAAGUGGCCUUUAAAAAUGCGAAAUGAGCAAGUAUUGCGAGAAACAUCAAUAUUAAGCUGGUAUGAAGACGAAGACCACCCAGCCAUUUUUGAGGCUUUUAAUAUUGGGCAGAUAGUAGGGAUUGGUCUUUUGUCUUUUUCGCCAUUUAACACUCUGGGCCGAUAGAUCCGCCGAGCUGCCUCAAGAGGGUUAAUUAUUCAAAACUUAAUUCCGCUAUUCUCACUACAUACUACUAUAUGGGAUAGGCUACUAUUAACUAUACGGUAAUAUAGUAUAGUUUAGAGGUCCAUUUGCCACAUAUAUCAGUUGGUGAUAGGGUUGCCCAAUCCGGGUGCAAGUAAUAAUCAAUAAUUAUGGCUGACCAGAAUUAUAUUUUUAUUGUAAAGUUAAGUAGGCGCAUAAAGGCAUAAGUUUAAUGAACUCAUCAUUUGUUACAUCCUAUUUCCACAUCCUCCAGUAAGUCCAAAAUAAAAUUUCAAUAUUAAGCAUCCCCCCUCCCCCCUUUACACUUCUGUAUUGUUUAAGCAAUUUUUUUUUUCCAAUAUUGAAAUCUAAAUAGAAUAUUUAGUGAAUUAAACUGGUGAGAAUGACUGUUAACACAAAAUUGUAUUGCUUACUUAUGUUGGUAGGCUAACUGAUAUAUAAUAAAGGACCACACGAAGUUAAGCUUUGCAUCUUGAAAAUCAUUUGUAAAGAAUUAAUUAUGCUGAAAUGAUAGUGGAAACUUGGUGAUCUAAUUAAUUUCCCUAAAACAAUACUUUAAAACCCCCUCCCCUUCCUAAAUUUAAAAAAAAAAUUAAUAUUUAUCACUACAAUAUUAAUACUAUAUGUAUAUCAGCAAUACAUAUUAAUAAUUAGCCUAAUGGUAUGAUUAAUCCGUAAAAUGACAAUGUUAAAUGUUAAUUGUUGUAAAAUAACUUAAAUACUUUUUACUAGCUUUAGGUGUAAAUAGAUCUAUGACUGAAAGGGAAUACAGGGCAAGCAUUGAAUGCUUUCAAUAAUAAAUGAUAAUUAGUGUUUUAUGUUAAUUUCCAGGUUAUUAAAACGUGUGAAAUUCACCAACAAUAUUACACUGUCUAAGCUAAAUGAGCAACUGUUGCCGGCAGUGUAAUGGAUCUACAGGACUCCACAGCAGAUAAAGGAAUGGGGGGUUAUGAUGAGGACACAGAUUCAGGGGAGGAAGUCAUCACAGUUCACCCUAUACAUAUUCCUAGAUUAACAUUCCAAACCCAGCCAUAUGUGAAUGAAUGUUGGCCUUAUCACAGUCCAGAGCACAGUCUUCAUUCAAAAGCUUCAAGUGCAAGUCCUUCAAAAGAAGCACCCACUGAAAGGGUAAGUUUACUGAGAAGCUAAGUUCACCGAAAGGGUAGGUUCACCGAAAGGGUAAGUUCACUGAAGGCUAAGUUCACCUAAAGGGUAAGUUCUCUAUGUUCAUUCAAACACAUUGCAGAUGCUGUAAUGUAUUUCAACAUAUUUUCUUUUAAAAGUGAGAAAGUGGAACAAUUUUAAUUUGUACUUGUGAAGAUGUUUAUACAUUUGAUUUCCUUUAAUUUUUAGCUCUAGUCUAAAACUGUUUGCUGUGUGUUGAAUGUGAGAAGGUUCUCAACUGACUAAAUGUUAUUUAAACUAUAACUAAUUCUGCGCUAGCUUCACAUGAUAACAUUUUUCAGUGUCAAAAAUCAUUAACUAGAGAAAUAAGUACAGCUAGUGCUUGACUUACGACCACGAUCGGUUCCGACAGACCAGUCAUAACACGAUUUGGUCGUAAAAUGAGUAUGCUAUGUGUACAGUAAUGUGAAGUCAUGUUAUAAAAAUAUUUAAGUUGAAUUAUAUCAUUUCUUUUAUUAUUGUUAUAAAUCAUAAUUUUUUAUGUUCACCACUGAAGAUGAUUGCAGACAAUGCCGUUCGACUGAUAAUUGAGGGAGAAAUAAAUCUGAAAUCUAAUACAAUAUGGCUAGUGAUUGUGGUCUUUAAGUCAAAUGGUCGUAAGUUGCGUAGGUCAUAAGUUGAGCACCACAAGGUUGCGUUCUCUCACCUGUCCUGAAUUCAUUACAUACCAAUGAUAUCCAGAGGCUAAGCAACACCGUUACAAUAAUUAAACUUUGAGGAUGAUACCACCAUUGUUGGCUUAAUAUCUCAAGAGGAAAGCUUGUACUGCAACUUAGUUAAAGCUUUAUCAGUCUGUGCGAUGAAAAUUUUCUUCAGUUGAAUAUCUCAACGAAAGAAAUGGUUUUCAAUUUUCAGAGGGGGAAUCACCCAAUUGCGGAUAUCGCAAUAAAUAAUCACAGUAUAGACCAAGGAGGGACAUAUAAGUAUUUAAAUGUCACCAAUAAUAAUAAGCUGACUUCACAUGAAAACAGCCAAAGUCUGUUUAAAAAAGUCAACCAAAAACAUUUUUAUCUUCAAACAUUUUACAAUUUUGUUGUAGACAAACAAGUUAUGAACUUAUUCUGCAGUGCAACAAUUGCAAUCCUACUUAACUUCAGUAUUACCUGUGGGUGUGGGAAUUCACAGUCUCGCAUCAAAAACUGAUUAAAAGGCUAAUUAAAAAAAAGCUAGUAACAUCACAUAAACUAAGCAUCAUUCACUUUAGGAACUAUUUGAAGAAAAUUAAAAAAAAAUUGGAUUAUACAUCCCACUGACUUCAUAACAGAUACCUAAGAUUAGCUUGAUCAUGGUGAAUUCGUUCUCUUAAAGUUAAAACAGAAAGAUAUUAAAAUUCAUUUAUCCCCAAUCUGUAUGAAUCUACCAACGUUUUACCAAGUUACCAAAGCUAAAUGAUCACUAAUUAAAUCAUUAUUGUUACUAAAGAAGUUCAUUUAUGGCUGAUUUCUACGCUAGAGAAAUACUUUAUUUGUCUUGAGUUUAAAUUGUUGUAAUUGUAAAGGUUGUCUUGGUUUAAAUUUUUAUUUAUUAAUGUGCUGAAAAAUGAAUAUGUCUUAAUGUAUUUAUUUGGAUAAAUAAAGAAUCUUAUCUGAUAUAAUCUUUUUGUAAAAAAAUUGCAAGGCGAAACAAUGGGUGCCAAUUGCUCUGGAAUUCUAAAUAAGUCAUGUUAAUGUUUCUAAUGUCUCGUGUUUACACUUAUUGAACAGUGUUUUGAUAAAUCAUAUUUUAACUGUUAACUGUUUAUAAGGAGUUUUAAAUUUUACAUUUCUAAAUUCUAAUUAAAUAUUGAUACAUAUGUAGUUUUUAAAUUAAAAUACUAAUUGUUACUUUGACUCCCUAGGUCUCCACCUCCACCUUUCCUGCUAUCAUUCCUCUGAACGUUGGUGGUCACCUUUAUAUGACAAGACUUUCAACCCUCCUAAAAUUCUCAGAUUCGAUGCUUGCAGCCAUGUUCAGUGGUCGCCACAAGAUAGACAAAGAUAAGGACGGGAACUUCUUCCUGGACAGUAAUGGUGCAGUUUUUGCUCUCAUUUUGGAAUACCUUCGGUACGGAACUAUACCACAGACCAACAACAUGACAUUUUUGCUAUUUCGCGAGGCCAAUUAUUACGGCCUCCAUGAACUGGUUGAAAGACUUCAGCUUAAGCCAGAAAUUGCCACAAUGGCUGUCAAAGAGGCCCAAAGAGCCCAGUUCCCAGACUAUACAUUAGUCAAAGAAGAAGUUAUUAAAGUGGCCAUGGCACGCGCAACCAUCACAAGGGUAGGAGAUGUUUCUAUCCAUGCAUUCCGCAAGGACUUCAAGCCUAAAGUGGUCACCUUCAACCCCAAGCAUGGUUGCAUUAUUGAGAAUGCCCAAGUGUCCAUAGGGCCCUGGGAUGCGCCGGCUGAUGAAGAAUCUUUUAUUCGAUGCUUAGAGCAAGACUUGGCUGAGGAAGGAUACACACUGAGACCACAUGAAGGGAAGAAAAAAUGUAAAUACUACUUUGGUCAGACUUGCCAGAAAUGUAUUUUUAAAAUUACUAUUUUGUUUGAUUGAAUACAAAUAGGUUAAAAAAAAAUUCUUCUUAAGGUAGUGUAAAAUAAGUUCUUAUACUAUUUCACCCUGUGCGAUUAAUUUAAGAAACAUCUUUAAUUAAAAACUAAUCAUGCGUCAUUUGUUGUAAUAUUUAAUAUAAAAAAUUAAUUUUCUAAAAAAUCUCUUUAUAGUUUCAGUGGUCUUAAAUUCCUGUUCCAAUUUCAUGCAGUUAAAGGCAUAAAUAAGUAACUCAAUGAUUCAUCCAAAUUCAUUGAUUUAAAAUAUAAAUUUUUGCCAGAAUUUAAAAAAUAUAAAUUAUCGUUCAUUAGUUCUGUUAAUGUAUUUGAACAUGUUUGUAUAUUUUACAUUUUUUAGUGAUACAGAAUGAUCCACUGAAUGAAAAAGUGGGAAAACAAUUUCUUGUUAAAAUCACUACCUACCGUAAUCUCUAAACUUAUUUAUCAGAUCUCUUUACACAGGUGAUAUUUUUUACUGGACUAUACACAUGUACAUUACCAUUGUUUAUACCUUUGUUUUAUUGUGUUGUUAAGAGCUGUGAACACCAUUCAUUGAUGAUGCUGAUGUCUAAGUUUACUGGCAAGACAAUUCGGUCAGGGUCCCGUGUUGUGUUGGUCUUAGACUGGAUACAGGAAGCAAGUCAUGCCCCCUGAGCACUUCUGAUAACAUUGCUUUAGGAUAUUUUCUAAGACAAUAGCAGACAGGAGGUCAAGUUCAGUGGGGAUAGUUUUUUUUUUGCACCUGUUUGGACAAAAUUUGGUUGUGUUCAAAUAUCAUGUAAUUAAUGCUUUGGUUAAGUAUUGACAUUAUGCAGGAAAAUGAUGACACAAAGGGAGUCAGAUAAAUGUUGUUUUGUAAAGACCAAAGGGCUAAAAGAUUUUAUGCCAUGAGGUUUGAUGGAAAUAAAUGAAACACUGAUAGAUGUAGUGUAUCCAUUUUAAAGAAAAUAAAAAAAAAUUAUCAUUAACUUGUGCGUUGGUCCUUGCUGAAAUGUAUAUACAUAUUUAUAUCUGUCAAACCCAUUGAAAAGUUCGAUGAGCACUGCCCUAGGCCCUAAAUAAGACAUAAUGUUUGUAUAAUUUAAUGCUUAAAAUGUUGCUCUUAGGAAUUAUCAUAAUUUUUAAAAAAAUAAUUACAGCUCUAAUGUCCUAUUGGUUUUGGGGUUAGUUGAUGACAUACGUGACGUAAGUGUUUUACUUUAUAGCUUUGUGAAGGAACUUUGGAUUGGCUAGAUCUGGUCUGUUAUGAUGGCUUGUUUUGGUUCAUUGUGAUUGGCUAGAUAAAGUUCUUUGUGAUUGGCUAGAUUUAGUUCAUUGUGUUUGGCCAGAUUUAGUUCAUUGUGUUUGGCCAGAUGUGGUUUCAUUGGAAUGUCAUAACUGAUCUAAGCUGUUGAUUAAAGGUUUUUGUUUUUAUUGGUUUUAGCCUUACAGAUGGAUUUAUUAUUUGUAAAAUUAUAUUUGUUUUGUGAACUAUACAUGUAAUAUAAUUUCCAUGUCAUUUGUUAGGUGAACUAUACUUAUUGUCAUCACUUAUGUCAUUUGAUACUUAUGUCAUGUUUUUGAUCAACUAUAUCAUGUGUCACCCAUCCCAUCUGUAAUAUAAACCAUCCCGUCUAUUAUAUCAACCAUUCCAUUUGUUUUAUUACCCACCCAUCCCAUCUGUUUUAUAACCCAUCCCAUCUUUUAAACAACCACCCAUCCCACUUUCUAUAUCAUCACCUAUUCCAUCUUUUAUAUCACAAAUCCCAUCUGCUGUAUCAUCCAUCCCGUCUGUUAUAUCACCCAUCCCAUACCAUCAGUUAUAUCAACCAUCCCAUCUGUUAUAUCUCCCAUCCCAUACAAUCUGUUAUAUCAACCAUCCCAUCUGUUAUAUCAACCAUCCCAUUUGUUAUAUCUCCCAUCCCAUACAAUCUGUUAUAUUAUUAUUAUUUAGGCAUUUUUUUUUUAUAGCGCUUACCUUACAGCUCUAAGCAUUUUACAAUUAUUAAAAAUAUGUAGACUAUUUAAACUGCUAAAGCAAAUAAAAAUGAAAAACCAGAGACACUAUAAUAGUAACUACUACGUGAAAAAUUUCUAUAUCAACCAUCCCAUUUGUCAUAUCAACCAACCCACUUUGUAUAUCACCCAUACCAUCUGUUAAUUCACCUCCCUACUGUGAUAACUAUUUUCAGAGGCGUUCAGGCUGACAACUAAAAAGCCAGAUGAACAAUAAUUUUUAUUAGAUUUUAAAAAUAACAUAUCUUGAGAAAUGUUUACUAUUAGAUGCUGUGGCCAUUAUUUCUUUAUUUCAAAGACAUGUCCUUUCAUGUGAAAUGAUAUUUUUCAUAAUUGUAACCAGCCACUGAAUUAAAAAUAAAAAACAAAGAAAUUGAUAAAUAAAUUUGCUUACAAUGAAA